GUCGAGAAGGGGGGAAGUAGAGCAUGUUUUAUCCCAGCGUUCUUGUCACUUCCUUUUUCACGAGCGAUUCAGAAAAUGCCAUAUUCUCGCUUUGUUGAGAUUGGCCGAGUGGCCUAUAUAGCACAUGGAGCUGAUAAAGGAAAAUUAAUAGCCAUUGUUGAUGUCAUUGAUCAAAACAGGGCUCUAGUUGAUGGCCCCUGCUCCGGUGUUGGUCGCAAAGAUAUGAACUUUAAAGCUCUGCACCUAACACCCUACACAAUUAAAAUUAACCAUUCAGCUAGAACAGGUACUGUAAAGAAGGCUUGGGAAGCUGCUGAGGUUAACAAAAAAUGGGAACAGUCAACUUGGGCUAAGAAACUGGCUACAGCAAAGAGGAGAACUGAACUGACAGAUUUUGAAAGGUUUAAGUUGAUGAAAGCUAAACAAGCUCGCAAUCGUCUUAUUAACAUUGAGUUUGGAAAGUUGAGGAAACAAGCACGCAAGGCACCAGCCAAGCCCAAGAAAUUGAAAAAGAAGGCACCAGCUAAAGCAGCAGCUAAAGGAAAGAAAUAAAUACACUUGUGUUACAAUAAAUUAAGUACAAUAUAACAA